UCAGCAAGGUUCGAAAAUUAAAAUAUUUGCACUUUUGAGCGAAUUUGUUCGUUUUGUAUGACUAUCAAUAAACUUGAAAUAGCUGUCUUCCAUUGGAACAACCUCCCACCAAACAUAGUGGCCUGCCCUACCCUGGAGCAGUUCAAUCAGAUGGGACAACCUGGCAGUCCCUCCCCCAUGGUGCAAGGCCAGACUUGCAGCCCUAUUGUGGAUAAGUCAUGGAAGAAGCGACUCACACAGAAAGAUGUGCAACAUGCUCAGAGGAACGUCAUGGCAUGUGGAGUAGCAAUAUUUUUGCUUUAUAUUGACAUGAACAUUUUCUUUCUGAGUGCAGUACUGCAGAUUGGCAGGACAGUCUUCUGGUAUAUAGAGGUGUCGUUAAUUGUCGUGCUAGUAUUCAGUAUUGUCUCCGAUGUGUUCAAAUGCCUCUCGUACUAUGUCUUCAACAACAAACUGGAAGUCACUCAGAUACAGAAGCGACUCCUUGGGGUCAAGGACAAUGACCCUGGUUUCAGCCUGUCACCCAUCCGCAGCUCUGCUCCAUCUAAUAGCGAGAAUAGCCUGGUAUUCUCCAGUAGUACUCCAUCAAGCUCUCAUACUGCUUAUAGUCCGUCCAGCCAUUGGAGCAGUAAUGCGGCCAUGACUCCAACCAACCUUGGGUCAUUUAAUGCCUCCCACACUUACGCAAGUCCUAGAAACUCCUUCCUAUCCGCGAGUGGUCACGCAUCUUUAGACAGGAGUGGCUUCCAAACCAGCGGUGGUCACUUGUCAGGUUUUUCCAACUCUUCAUUUACUCCGUACUCGCCCGGUGCGUCACUGUCAAGUCUGGAUGGCAGUGGACUUCAAUCCAGACUUUCACUCUCAUCAUCAUUUAGAUCCCCUUCCCCAUCUGACAAGAUGACAGACUUACAGUCCUUGUCAGUGUACUUGAAGGAGCAGGAUGAGAAAGAUUACAAGGCAGCUCUCAGUUGCCAGGACAUGUCGCUGAACAGUUCAUCAUUCUGGAGUUACGGCCGUCCAAGCCUGGAUCUGAGCCAUGUGUUCCGUAAAAACCAGUACCAGCUUGCCAGUCGCUCCCCACAGAGCCAUAAGUCGCGGACGGAUGAUAGCGAUAAUAUGGGAGAAGAGGUCUGGAGGCCUCUGGGAGUGACGGAUGACGACCUGUUCCUCUGGAUUGAGCGCCUCAGAAAGUGGCUCGGCAAUACAAUAAUGGUGAAACUAUCACGGGAAAUUGACGCUAUCAAUUUACAGCUUCGGAAAAUAGGCAGUGAAGAUACAGAAAUUGGGGAAGUUGGUGUGUCAACAUUGAAACAGCUGGCUCUGACCAAAGUGGCGCAUGUUCCAACCCUCAAUAUGAUGGUCCCCUAUCUCGACUGUACAUCAAAUCAGGAGUACAUGGUCAAGCGGAUUAAAGAGUUGGGUAGUGAUGGGUGUGUCAGCGAGUUCUUGUGGAAUCGAGGUGGUGGUGGGGGCCAGUAUGGGAAACCAUGGAGCGAACACUUGCCCACAGAUACUCAGUUGGUGAUGCACAUGUUCUGCACAUACCUGGAUUCGCGGCUUCCACCGGACCUAAGGUACCCUGAUGGGAAAACGUUCACCAGCCAACACUUCCUCAAAACUCCAGACAAACCUAACCUUGAGAAGGAUAACUUACUGCUAUACCAGACCAGCAUUAACCCACCACAUUUCCAAGUGGUCAUUAAAGACACUGUGUUCAACCUGCCCAAGGGUAGAAACAACAUGUUCCAUGCCAUCCUGUUUUUCCUGUACCACAUACAGCACAAGGAAAAUGGAAUGUUAGGGAGAGUGAAUCUUGGAAUGUCGGGGGUCAACCUACUAUGUGUCCUGGACAAAUGAACUUUAGGUGCUUACAAUCAUUUGGCCGUUAAGGGAGAUAACUCUACUGGGAUAAUGGGGAUAACUUUCAACAUGGUAUUGGCGUUUGCCUGUUUAACGGUGGGUAAGGUUACAUACCAUCUUUUAUGACCAAUGGACCUACGAGAUAUUGUAAAAAAGUGUAUAGAAAAGGGCGAACUAGUUUGACAUUAGUGAACAACAGUUUUAGAACAAGUGAAGGGAUGUAACUCAGUGGAAGAGUAUUAUUGCUCAGAGGACAAUUGAAUUACAUAACUAAAUAUGGUGGUAGUACAACAUGAAAAGCAUGGUGUGUAGAAGACAGUGAUGACCUCUGAAGGAAAAACUGCAAUGUAUGGGAAGAAACGACAGAACUUCUUAUAUUUUAAUGGAUGUGUUACGAUGAAUAGCAAAGAAAGAGAUGCAUGUAAGCAUCCCUAAAUCUUGUUGAAUGUGAUGUCUGCAUUGAAUGUGAUGCCUUCGGUUCAAAAUGAAAAGCUUCAUUCGGUAAAAUGAGCAAUUAUCCUAUUUCUAGUUACAAUGUACACAUUUUAUUUGUACAUAAGAAUGGAUUUACAGAUAUAAGAAAACACAUAGAAAUGUUAUUAUGACAGUAUUGCCUUAAUGUAUGUGCAUUGAUUUGUGCUCUGUGUAAAAAUGACUGAGAUAAAAAAGAAUGUUCAGCUUCUUUCAGAAAGGAUAAGUUUAUAUUAUUAUGCUACAUUGUAUCAUAGUCAUCAUUUAAUGUUUUAUGACUGUAAACUUGAAUAAAAUUGUGUGAUAAAACAGUAACCGUCCUCCCUCCCUCGCCCUCCUCUUUCUGUGAUUUUAAACUAAAAUAAAACUACUUGUGAUGAAACAGGAACCACCCACUCUCUCCCUUCAAGUAAAUAAUAUCGACUACCUAAACAUUUAUUUGGAAAGAAACAUCUAUUUGAAAAGAAUCACUACCCUGUGUAUCAUAGGUGUAUGCAUAAUGCACUUACAUGUAUAUGUACUCUUAAUGUUAAACUUAAAGGCACAGUAGCUUUUUUAAAGUAAUCAAUUGUAAAAAAAUCUAAAAUGUUCAAUUAACUGAGGUGACAAUUUACAAACAUAAAAGUUAGUUUUAUGAAUAUAGUUCUAAUGAUGAAGUAAUUUAAACAUGAAUGAAAAUGCCAGCAGCAUGAAUCAAACCUGUGACUGGGUCUGUAGACCUUGUACAUUACACCGUGUAGUGUUUAGAGGGUUUUAUGUUAUAUAUUAAUACAUUUAAGAAAGUGUCAACAAUCGGAUGUGUAUUGGUAUUGGUA